AUGGCUGGUAACAGCAAACAACGAAAAGGGAAGAAACGAAAAUCGGAUUCCGGAGAUACCUCUGACACCGCUGAAAACAACCAGCCUGAAAAGCAAAAAGAAAGUGUUAUUACGGAUAUCUCGGAUGUUAAAGAAUUGAUUGAUUCAGAAUUGCACAAAUGCCUUGCAUCGGACUCCCUAUUCAUGAGGAAAAUUGUUGAAGCAGUAUCUAAUGUUGUACAAGAUCAACUUAUCGAAAAUGAUAUUGACGAAGCAGAACAGUAUUCCAGACGAAAUUGCCUAAUACUACAUGGUGUCCCAGAAACCUUAAAUGAAAACACGGACACGGAAGUGAUUAAAGUAUUUAAAGAGAAGCUAAAUGUCUGCAUUGACAGUGCCGACAUUGAUAGGUCGCAUAGACUGGGCCACAAAAGGGGCACUGACGAAGCUAAACCUAGGAGUAUAAUCAUUAAAUUCACAAAUUAUAACAAGAGAAGCGAGGUUUUUAAGGUGAUCAACACGAUCAAUAUUCUUGAAGAGAGUCUAAUAAUAAUAAAGACGUUUCAGAGCCAACAUCUUUGGUUGGUGAUCUUCAUUGCUCUUGUUGUUCCUGAAGUACCUCCAUCGACAGCUCAAGAUUUGAUGACGUCUAAUCAGUGCUUUGGAAUAUCCAGAGGUAAACAGUUUACCAUAGCAUUCAUAGAAAACACAAAUGCACGUUCUGCAAGUAGACGACUCUUCAUUUUAUUGGUAGCAUUUAGUGACCAACAAACUGAAGUCACCAUUAGCAGCAAGCACCAAGUAGCUGACAAGCCAUUCCAAGAGUCUUUCGUGAUUGAGGCUCGUGGUUUUAAGCGAACAAACAUUCCUUCUGCAUAUAUGUUGUCUGGUACAGGGAGAAGCUUAAAAGCAAUCAAGGUUACAGCCUCUAGCGACGUGUCUGUCUACGGUCUAAUGUAUCAAGAUUUUACAACGGACGGCUAUCUCGGCAUACCAACAAACAAUCUCGGUACUCAGUACGUUGUGGUGACGUUUCGUAGAACAUCACAAUUUGCAGUAAUUGGGACUCAGGAUUCUACGACAGUUCAUGUUACCUUACGUGACAGCGUUUCUUUUGGAGAUCAAACCUACAAUCAAGGUGACGUGUUGACGUUUAUGGUGAAUGAGUUAGAAGUGGUUCAGAUCCAGAGUUUAAAUGACUUAUCGGGAAGCAUUGUUCAAAGUGACAAGCCUGUGGCAGUAUUUAGCGGCAACGAGUGCGUAAAUACACCAAGUUCAUCUUGUGACACACUGACUGAGCAGUUGGUACCUAUUAAUAGUUGGGGACAGAAACACAUAUACACUUCAUCUCAAAACAGCGACAGUAAUAUUUAUCGAAUUAUUGCCUUUUUCAGUGGUACAAACGUUACCAUUCCUGGAGUUCCAAAUCAGCUUCUAGACUCAGGUGAAUUUUGGGAAGGAAGUUUGCAUAGUUCAGGUCUCGUUUCGUCAAGCAAACCUACAAUGAUGAUGCAGCUGUUAGCGUUUGUCAACGGUAGAACAGUUGACCCUUCUUUGAUACAUAUUCCAUCUGAGGAACAAUUUGGAUAUGUGUUUGGGUUCACAACUCCUCCACAUUCGGGAGGGGACUCUGGAGGUUAUUUUAAUUUUAUCAACAUUGUCACUAAAAGAGACGCUCGUCAGACAGUGCAUCUUAAUGGUUCCCCAAUCAAUGGUACAGAUAUUCGCGAAAGUAAUGUCUCCGGUACCAUAUAUUCAUUAAUUACCGUACAGCUACCUAAAGGAGAAGGGGUUUACUAUGUUGAACAAACUGAUCCACUUUCAUCACCAUUAUCUGUCAUUGUCUAUGGAUACGAAAAGUCUGAAUCAUAUGGGUAUGCAGCUGGGUUGUCUCUUCCAAACAAUAAACAGCUCCUGAGUUUCACACCAUACUAUUUCCGAGAGCUUGGUGGAGAAAUUCUUACAAUUACUGUGCCCUGUCUUCAAACGAACACCAUAACUUAUCAAAGUGCAAUAUGCAAAUUUAACACUGGUAUUGGGGAUGUCCUUGUGUUCGCAGACCGCGUUGAUCCCUAUAUUGUCAGCUGCAUCACUCCGACUUUCUACAAGAAUGGACUUACGAACGUGUCUGUCUCACUUGAUGAUGGCAACACAUUCCCGUACUCUGGCAUUGUCUACGUAGCAUCGCAAGAAGACUUGGAGCCUCUUUUGACUGUUACACAGGCAAAUUGGGAAGAAAGAGGCGAGGUUAUCGAUCUCACAGUGCACGAUCCCAUUAUUUUAUCAUGGGAUCCUGAAAUCAUGGGUGAAGACGUAAGGGAAGUUGAUGUCAUGAUACAAUACUCGGACAUUAACAACGGCUUUCCAGUUUUGAUGGAAGAUAUCACUGUUAUAAAAAUGGCCCCAAACAAAGGUAGCGUCAUCAUCUCUACAGCUCUUCUAAUUUCACGUCUUGGUAAUGCAAUAAAAAGGGGAUUAGACUUGUCGAGUGCAGCAUUUCACAUAAAACGUGUCGAUAAAGAACGUGUCGGGAAAUCUAUCUUACGCGGCGUCACAAGAUUUUUUUCGAGAAUCCUACUAAUCCACAUAGUUAGUCAUGUUUCUUGUCUAGCUUCCACCAAUAUACUGAAUGUUCCAAAUGACGUUCCCGCCUGUCCAUGUACUUUUACUCAGGCCAAUGCGGAUUCUAACUUCGUACAUGGAAAUUUUCUGAAUUUUUUCUUUCAUAGAGGAGCUAAAGACUGCUUCAGAUCAACAACAUCAACCCAAUCAGGCUCUGGCCAACAGUGCUGUUACGGAGAAGAUGGUAACAUCUUAGUCGGACCCCCGGGUGGAGGAACUGCUGACAGAUACAGUCCAGCGGAACAUUUCUGGCUCCAUCAAGCGUAUGAUGUGCUUCCGUAUAUUGCCUGCUGCAAAUUAUCAAACAACUGCGACACAUACUAUAAAAUCCGGCCAUCAGAUGAUUGCUCGGAUUAUGAUCCACCUAGACCAGCAGCAGGUACGGGAGACCCUCACGUAACAACUCUUGAUGGUAAGAAAGUCACUUUCAAUGGAGCUGGAGAAUUCCUGAUGGCGUCUUCCAUAUUACACAAAUUGACCUUCCAAGCUCGUAUGGAGGUGUAUCGUGACACCCUGGCAACGGUUUACACAGCAUUUGUUAUUCAUACCAAUAUCUCGGCGAAAGUCCAGGUGCAGAUGUCAAAUAUCAAUGAGACACUGGUUCUUAUCGAUGGUGAGCCUUUGCGGCUUGCUUCCAGUCCAGUUAAAGUUCAUUAUCUAAAUGGGGUGCGCGUAAGUGCGAACGACGAUUUAUCUGAAAUUAGGUUUGUUUUUAAUGUUGGUAUUGCUGUUAUCAUCUACGUAAACUCCGAAAUCAUGUCUUUUAUAGCUCAACUUGAUACAAAGUUCAAUGGUCAAGUCAAAGGACUUCUUGGUAAUCUGAAUGGAGAACCGCACGAUGAUCUUCAGUUUCCAAAUGGUACCAUCAUGAAGAGUAAUUCCUCUCUACAGGAACUCCAUAAAUACGGUCUAGAAUGGCUUGUGGCUGCAGAGGACUCCAUCUUCACAUACAUAUCACCUUAUGACUACACUACGUACCAUUUUCCGGAAUUUACUCCAACUUUCGACGUCCCUGAUCUUGAUGGCGUUAGUCAGGAAAUCAAAGAUUUGUGUGGCAAUUCCUUUGAAUGUGUGUUUGAUGCAGUGACGACCGGCAGCCUGACAUUCGCAAACAAUACCCGAGUGGUGUCGGCUACCCUUGAUAUCAUUCAAAAAUCCUCUGUCAAAAUUGUUAGCUGUGGUUUUCCGGGAGGUGUAGAGAACGGUGUAAUGCUUGGACAUGUGUAUCUGGUAAACUCAACCGUGGAGGUCACUUGUGAGAGAGGUUACGUCUUAGAAGGCUCCUCUAACCUAACCUGCCAUGGAGACGGCCGUUGGUCGGCCGAUCUUCCUCGAUGUAAAAGGUCUGGUAAAGGUCUUAGCACUUCAAAUAUAUUGGGAAUUAUUUUCGCCGCAUUGAUCAUUCUUGUUGCUUGUGUUGCAAUUGGCAUUUACUUGAAGAAAAAAUAGAAUUGUGGCUUUCUUGUGGCUUGUGACCAACCAGCUCGCAAUAUAUGAGCCGUCAGUUAUA